UUAGCUGCUGACCUGACUCAAAUGCUGUCUGCUAUAAUACGUAAUAUACUAGUGCAGUCUGCAGUGGUGUUUGGUGAGGUCUUGUUGUCGCUUCGCUUAGUUCAAGAAGUUGAUACACUUCAAAGUAAGAAGUGUGAGCUAUGAUUGGAUUUGUUUGUGUUCAUAUAGGAGCUGGACAACACUCAGAGACUCUUGAGGAGAAAUAUAAACAACUAUGCCAGCAAGCAAGUAAACAAGGAGUUGAUAUCUUGACAAGAGGAGGCUCUGCAGUAGAUGCUGUCGUAGCGGCUACUGUACUACUGGAAGACUCUCCAUUGACUAAUGCAGGGUUUGGUUCUAACCUCAGCAUGGAUGGGAAGGUAGAGUGUGAUGCCAGUUUAAUGGAUGGAGGUCAUUUAACAUUUGGUGCUUGUGGAGCUGUCGCAGGAGUAAAAAAUCCAGUACUUCUUGCAAGACACAUCUGUGACCAACAACGUGUUCCAUUAUCGUUGGGGCGUGUACCACCAUGUUUGUUAGCAGGAGAAGGAGCUCAUAGAUAUGCAAUAGAACACAACAUAGCUACAGUUGAUCCAGAUUCCCUCAUUAGUGAUAAAACAAUAAGAACAUUUAAGCAUUUUAUGAAGAGAUUUAAUCGUUAUCAAGAGCAUGAGAAUAAAAGAAUGAAGUAUAACACUGGAUUUACGAGUGAGUUACAGAAGCAGAUGGACACUGUUGGAGCUGUAUGUGUCUACACUAAGGAGAAUAUUGCUGUAGCAUGCUCAAGUGGAGGAGUACUUAUGAAUGAACAGUUACAGAAGCAGAUGGACACGGUUGGAGCUGUCUGUGUCGACACCAAGGGGAAUAUUGCUGUAGCAUGCUCAAGCGGAGGAAUACUUUUGAAACGGUCUGGCAGGAUAGGACAGGCUGCUAUGCAGGGUGCUGGUUGUUGGGCAGAUAGCACUGUAGGUGUGGUCUCAACCGGCUGUGGUGAACAUUUAAUGGCCACUUGUCUGGCAAGAGAAGCCGCCCGCAAUAUUCAUGCCUCAGAUUGUCCCACAUCUGCUCUACAUACUACUUUUGUGGAUGGCUUUUUAGAAUCACCUUUAUUACGUAAUGUUGAAGAAAAACUGGCUGGUUUACUAGUUAUACACGUAAAAGGUGGCAGAGGAGAAAUGCUUUAUGCUCAUACAACUGACUCUAUGUGUAUCGGCUAUAUGGCUACAAACAACAAAAAGCCUAGAAGCCGAAUGUCAAGACUUCCAGCAGGUGCUAAACACGGAUGCUCAAUUGCGUUGGAAGGAGUCAGUUUUUAAUUAACUUUAUUUUGUUACACUUUAUUGUAAAUAAACAAUAACUAUUUUUACAAAGUAAAA